AUGUCCUCCUUGACCUACUCAGAGACUGACGCGUCUGAAGCCGAGGCCAAGCAUCUUGUGCUGCGCCAGAUCGCCAAGGAUGUCACCGUCCGUCUCUCCGACCCACUGCGCGUCGCCGAAUCCAAGCAGCACACCAAUCUGCUCGCGGUCUCGGACGUCAACGGCCUCGUCUUUGCCGCCACCAACACCGGCUUUUCCGUCAUCCGCACGUCGGAUCUGAGGAGCUUUUUCGCUGCGGCUGCACGCAACACCUCGCCCACGUUCGACAAGUCGCUGCGAUCCAUCGACACCGUUGCUGCCGCUUCCAUCACAUCGCUGCCCACCUUCAUUCGCUCCGCCGACAACCACGCGACCGUCCUCGUCGGCUUUCAGAAUGGCAUCAUCGCAGCAUGGUCCGUCUCCGGUCUCGUCGAGGGCGCCAAGCUGGAUCCUCUCUUUGUCCUGCAGCCUCCUUCACCAAACCUGCCGCUCAUCGACCUCGUGUCCAAUCCUUCAGACCGACCCGAACUUGCUGUCGCCCUCUACCGCCAAGACGGCACGCCCGGCGUUGAAUCGGGCACGCCCAUCAUGGUCGAUGUGCGCUCGGGCUCCUUCGGUUCUCAGCUCAGUGCCACGGGCUCGCGCGCUACCGCCGUCUGUUGGUCUGUCAAGGGCAAGCAGAUUGCCGUCGGUCUCGAGUCUGGCGAGAUUGUUCAAGUCACGCCAGAAGGAGAGCCCAAGGAUCGCAUUGCCAAGCCUGAAUCGCUUUCAGGGCAGUACUUCAUCUCCGACCUCCGAUGGCUCGAGAACCACGUCUUCAUCGCAACCUACAAUCUGCCAUCCUCCGGCUCGCCCGAGGACGACCCAGAGCAUUCGUACGAAGUCUUUACCGUUCUCCGGGAUGCCAAGGCAGGACAGAUCACAUUUGCAAAGAUGCCCAUGGACCCUGCACCGCCAUACGGAGACACUGCACGUCCGGGCACGCGCUACGCCGCAUGGCUCAAAGCAUGGGAUCCUUCCAAACAUCUCGUCUUUGUCGCUAGCGGACCGAGCACAGACGUCGGUCUCAUCUCGUGCUCAGCGACCGAGAACGGACCCGCAGCAUGGGCAACGGUCGAGCUCGAAGAGACGUCCAAGCCGAUCCUGCCCUUCUCCUCGGUCGACCAGUCAUCCGACACCGCACCCGUGGCUAUCGACUUUGACUUGACCUCGGCAGACGAGGUCGACGAUCCUAAUGCAGUCGCCCGAGGUGACGGUAACACCAAGCUGCCUGCCGUUCCCAUCCUCUACGUCUACACGUCCGACGGCGUCUUGCUCGCAUACAAUGUCAUCAACACUCAAGGGCCCUUCCACGGAAUGGUGACGCCCUCCGCUACCCCGGUCGCCCAGUCUUCCUCCCAAGCUCCAGCAGCACCGGCUCCCACCGCAAAUCCAGCAGCACCAGCUGCUACUCCGGCCGCCGCGCCAGCCACCCAGCCGAGCACGCCCGCAUCCGCCUUCGGAUCUGCCUCGGCAUUUGGCCAAUCAUCAGCCUUUGGACAGUCUUCGGCUUUCGGCGCCAAAUCAGCAUUUGGAUCGACGACGUCUGCUUUCGGUCAGUCUUCAGCAUUCGGUCAGUCUUCCGCAUUUGGCUCGUCCUCCCCGAGCGCUUCGACCGCCUCGUCAGCCUUUGGCGCGCCUGCCAAGCCCUCCAGUGGUUUCGGCUUCGGUGCCUUCAGCGGAGGAGCCGGCGCGGGCAAGCCCACGUCGGCAUUCGGUUCAACUGGCUUUGGCUUCGGAUCGAAUCAGUCGACGAACAAGGAUAGCCCUGCUCCUCCGACCACGUCUGCUACUUCCACUCCAGCAUCGACCGCACCAGCUCCCGCCAGCGCUUUCGGUGCCAAGCCUGCAGCAUCCGCAUUUGGCACCGCGUCGGCGAGUCCUGCCCAGCCUUCCACGCCGUCCAGCACUGCUCCUGCGUUUGGAUCGACGUCGGCGUUCGGAUCGACGUCGGCGUUCGGCCAGACUCCCGCCAAGCCUGUUUUCGGUCAGUCCGCCGGAUUCGGCUCCACCUCGGCUUUCGGCACUGCGCCUGCAUUCGGCUCGACGACGUCUCCCUUUGCAUCUGCCAAGGCUAGCACGCCCUCUCAGGCUAGCCCAGGUUCAGCCUUCGGCGCAUUCAGCACCCCUUCGGCAACCAAGGAUGCCAGCACCACUUCCGCCGGCUCUGGCUUUGGCGGCUUCGCUGCCAAGGCGCCAAGCGCUUUUGGGUCCACCACCCCUUCCUCAGGCUCCGUGUUCGGCAGCGGCGGCAAGCUCGAGACCAAGAGCGAGGGCACAUCAGGUGGUCUCUUUGGCUCCUCGCCCUCGACCGCGCCAAAGCCGACUGCCGCACCACCCUCGGCUUUCGGCUCGACUACCUCGGCUUUCGGACAGGGAUCGUUCUCGGCCUUCGCCGCGAACAAGCACGCAGAAGACAAGGACGCCAAGAGCAAGGACAAGGGCGCUCCUGACACCGGCAGCAAAGACUCGGGCAGCUUCUCUUUCGGCGGAAUGGGCGACAUGUUCAGCAGUAAUGACUCAGCUCAAUCGUCUAAGAAGGAGUCGUCGCAGACACCCAAUAAGGACACGGGCGCGCAAACGCCAGACUCGGGCGUCAACUCGACCGUCCAGACGCCCAAGAGCGAGGCGGCAGCAAAGCCGUUUUCGUUCAACCCGUCCGGUGGGUUUGGCAGCAACAGCGCAGCCGCCUCGCCGAGCAAAGAUGCACAGGCUGCCAAGGCUACAUCGCCACCUCCACCUGCCCCGGCCUUUAGCUCGCUCCAGCCAGGCUUCAAUGCCGGUGCCACAUUCGGCAGUCAGCCCUUCUCGUUUGGCAACCACAAGGCAAACGCAAAUGCCUCUGCGCCGCCCACCGCAUCGACCUCCUCCGCAGCAGCAACGACCAAAGCAGACGGAGAGGGCAAGAACGGCGAGGCUCAGAAGAAGGAAACGCAGCCGACGCAACCUAGCCCGUCUACUCCGGAAGCGCCAGCCCAUGAGGCGCAGAUUCCAAUUAGCAAACCUGCGACAGAAGCUCCCAAGCCGACAUUCAGUUUCGCCCCGGCAUCAAAGGUCCCAGCAACCUCGCCCAGCUCUCAGCAAGGUGAGAGCCAGAGCAAGCCUGCAGCGGCAGAGCCGUCGAAGCCAAGCUCCGCGUUCUCUUUGAGCAAUUCGCCCGCUCCCUCUCAAGCGGCACCUACAGCAAAGCAGACUGGCUUUGGCGGCUUCGGUACGCCACCCACAUCAACUUCAGGGCAAGCCAAAGACGCUCCAGCUUUCUCCUUUGCCAAUCUGGGCAAGUCGUCACCCGCUCCCACGUCGACUCCUACGACGCAGGCUGAAGCCAGCAAGCCUUCGGCAGCGCAGAGCCCUCUCUCCUUCGGCGGACCGGGCAGUCUGCCGGCAUCGACGCCUGCAAAGUCGACGCCCGCCACCACUGGCGCUUCAGGUGGCUCGUUCCUGGGCUUCAACUCUAGCGCGCCCCGGAGCAGCUCGCCACUGACGUCGGCGCCACUCAACAGCUCAGAUGAGACGCCCGCCGGCUCGCCCGAAAAGCCAGCUGCGACGGCAAACAAGCCCUUCUCGUUCCAGCAGGACAAGCCAAAGCCAGCUCAGGCGGGCUUCGGCUUCGGAUCUGGUGCAGGAUCGCCCUCGGCAUUCACUCCGACCCCGACGCCCUUCUCUGGAUUCGGGCAGCCGAAGUCUGACAAGCCGGAAGCGGCGCAGGCCGAAGCACCAGGCAAGACAUCGACGCCUUCCGCACCUGCGCCUGCACCUUCAUUCGGCGGCUUUGGCUCGUCGGCAAAGCCCGCAGCUUCUCCUGCUCCCAGUUCUGCACCAAGACCAGCGACGGAGGCAGCACCGUCCGCUCCCGCCAACAAGCCUGCUGACGUGCGCUCCGGCAGCCCGCUGGUGGCGGGACGAGCGCCCCAGUUAUCUUCUGCGACCAGUGCGCAGCCUGCCAAGGUCGCAGAGAGCGGCAUCCAGGGCGAGUUCCUCAAAGCCUACCUCGUCUUGACUCAAGAGCUCGAGGUGCUUCGCAGCAACGUCGAGCAAUGUGCUUCUUUCCUUGCCGAUCUUCGCGAACCGACUCCGCUCCAGCACUCGGCCGAGGACUUUGGCGACAACACCAAGUGGUCGUUCGGCGACCUGCCCAAGAUGCUCGCCCUUGCCAAGUCGAUGCGGCCGCUGACGGAGCGCGUGGAGAACGAGGCUGCCAGCCACAAACGUGCGGUCGCCGAGCUGCAGAGCAUGCAGCUCAAGGCCGAGGCGAAGCGCGAAGAGGUCGCGCGCUUCAUUCGCGCCCGCAGCGACCCCGAGUUCGCCAAGAUGAUCCGCAUCAGGCAGCUCGGGCCCGAGCACGUCGAGAACCAGACCAAGCUGCGCAAGGCGAGCCAGAUCGUCCAGUCGCGCAUCGCCGAGCUCGAGGAAUACCUGGCUGCACUCAAGGACAGGAUCCAGGCGGCAAAGAGCGGCAGGGCCACGCUUAAAGCCCCGAGCUUGGACUCGAUCGCUCGAGCGUGCAGGAACAUCACGGCUCGGACGACGGCAGUCACGCUCGAGCUCGACAACCUCGCGCUCGAGAUGGACCUCAUGCGGCCCGCCGAUCGUGACACGGACCGCGAUGUGCGUCGUUCGGAAUCGCGCGCAGUGUCGGUGCUGAGCGGAAUUCAAGACGGCGCGGCGCUCGGCGACGUAAGCAGUUUGGUGAGGACGCUGCCUGCUGCAACGGCGGUACGAUCGGUGGAUCAGAUCGCGCGCGCUGAGCAGGUCAAGAGCGAAAGCGUCGACGUCUUUGUCAAUGCUCGCAAGACUCCCGUCCUCAACAAGCGGGCGGUGCCGACACAGCCGGCUGGACGCAAGACGAUAACGUCCAUGCAGGGAUCCGACCUGCAGAUCGCCUUUGCCAAGGGCCCCGUGCAUCUGGGUAAGCGUCCGCCUGCGCCGACCCCAGCUGCCGUACCGGCUCAGAUCGAGAAGCCGGCAAGUACACCACGUGGCGACCAGUAUGCGUCGGCCGGAAAGAGUGUGCCUGUGCCGGUGCUGUCGAAGCCCCCUGUGCCUGCAACCUCGACGCCGCCAGCUCGUCCCGCUGGGCCUCCUGCUCUGCCUGCGACGAGCACGGCCACUGCUGCGCCUGGCGCAUCUGCACCAGCCACGUCUGCAGCCCCUGCUUCAGCAGCCAAGACGGACGGAACUCCCACACCCUUCACCCUGGCAGGAUUUGGCACACCUCCCAACGCUGACCCCAAGCCGGCAUCAAGUCCCUUUGCCGGUUUCGGCAAGACGGCCUCGUCAGCUGCGCCUGCAGCUUCUGAGACUGCAGCUCCGAAGCAGCCCUCAACUCCGCUCAAGUUUGCCGGCUUCGGAACGCCGCCUGUCUCUCAGGCCGCGGCUGAGAAGCCCUCCGCCGCGUCGGCUCCUCUAAGCUUUGGCGGCUUUGGAACGCCGCCUUCCACUCAGGGUGCGACCGCAAAGCCGCCGGCUGCAUCCGCUCCUCUGAGCUUCGGCGGCUUCGGAAAGGCACCUGUCUCCCAGGGCACGGGUCAAACCCCACCUGCUGCGUCCGCUCCAUCGAGCUUUGGUGGCUUCGGAACGCCGGCCGCGUCUGCUGCCAAGCCGACUCCCCUGCCAUUCGCCGGGUUCGGUAAGCCUGCUGCGGCCGAGGCCAAGGACAAGCCGGCGUUCGGCAGCGGUGCGCCGCUCAACUUCGGCAAGCUCAGCUCGGUGCCUGCGGGCAUGUUUGAUCUGCCCGCGCAGGAGGAUACGCCUUUCCAGCCCGGAGCGCGCGCGCCGAGCUCCAGCCCGAGCAGCAUCCGUGCGUCGCACUCGAGCAAGCCUAAAUCGCGCGGUAGUGCUGUCCAGCUCCCGCCCUCCGAGGGCACACAGGCAUCUAAGGAGGUUGCAGGCGCAGCCAAGGCGGCCUCGGACUUCUUUGCACUACCUCUGCAGGCGAAGACGGAGGAAAAGAGUGCAGACAAGCCAGCCUUCAAGGGUUUCGGAUCGUUCGGCAGCAAACCAAACGAGGACAAGCAGGCACCUGCUGCUAAACCUAGCUUCAGCUUCGGCGACUUUGGCAAGAAGACCGAGGGUGCUCAGUCUGCGCCGCCGUCCAGCGACGCACCAAAGCCUGCAGCUACUGGCUUCAGCUUUGGUGAUCUGGGCAAGAAGAUCGACAAGCCUGAGGCUCCAAAGCCAGACGCUGCGCCCGUCAAACCUGCCGCUGGCGCCUUCAGCUUCGGUGAUCUCGGCAAGAAGGUCGAGAGCACCCCGCCUGCUCCUUCGGCUUCCGAGCCGGCAAAGCCUGCCUUCGCCGGGCUCAGCUUCGGUGACUCUGGCAAGAAGACAGAGAACGCGCAGGACACCAAGCCCGACGAUGUUCCCGCAAAGCCUGCCUCGAGCAGCUUCAGCCUCGACCUCGGCAAGAAGGCAGAGAGUGUGGACGACGUCAAGAAGGAUGCCGCCUCGCCGAAGCCCGCCACGACUCAAUUCAGCUUUGGAAGCGCUGGCAAAUCGGCGGAAAGCACGCAGGACGCCAAACCCGAUGCUCCGCUAGCCAAGCCCACCGCUGGAUUCAGCUUCGGGGAUGCCAGCAAGAAGGCUGAUGCCGCUGCCAAGCCGGAUGCACAGGCAGUGAAGCCAGCCACGGGCGGCUUCAGCUUUGGCGAUCUUGGCAAGAAGACCGGCGACAAUGCUUCUGAAGGGAAGAGUCCUGCUGCGAGCGCCUUUAGCUUUGGCGAUGGAGGUAAAGCGGCCGAAGAGGAAACAGCUGCGCCGGUCACGUCCAGCAAGCCCGCUGCGGCUGCGUCCGAGGCGCCCAAGCCGGCCAGCACGGGCUUCAGCUUUGCCUCCGCCGCUGCGAAGACACCAGCGAAGGAGGAGACGAAGGAGGAGGCAAAGCCUGCAGCGGAUGCCAAGGAUGGCGAGAGCAAGGACACGGCGGAGUCGGAUCCAUCCGAAUUCUCGUUCUGCAAGCCGACGGAGCCGAGGAACACGCAACCGCUCACGGCACCCAAGGAAUCGGAGCCGGCCAAGUCUCCCGCCGAUAAGGACAGCGCGGACGAAGACGCAGAGAAGGUGGCUACGAGCGACGCUGGAGCGGCUUCGUCCAAGGAAGCGGAGCCUGCCAAGACCGGCGCUACGACAUCGACCGUUGCGGCGUUCAGCUUUGCGCCGAGCAAGCUGAAUCCGUCGGCAUCUCCCGUAUCGGCGUUUGCGUUCAAGCCUUCUGGAUCGUCAUUUGGAUCGGGUGCGUUUUCGAAGCCCGCCGAUGGAGUCAAGACGGCGGCGGCAUUCAGCUUUGUGCCUCAGUCCACCGCGAGUCCAGGCUCGGCGUUCGGGAGCGUGUCGAGCUUUGGCAUGGCGUCGUCGUCGCCCUCGACGCCCACGGCUCGGGACGAGGGUACGCCCAAGUCGGCGUUCAGCAUGAGCGGCUCUGGAUUCGGCGCGUUUGCAACGGGCAACAGAACGUCGCCGUUUGCAGCAGCUACGCCCACCAAGUCCGAGCAGGAGGACAAGGGGGACAAGGAGGCGACGCCGAGCGGCGCGGGCAACUCGCUGCUGGCUCGCAUGAGUGCGGCUGCCCCAGCCAAACAGUCGGACGACGAGGACGACGAGGACGAGGACGAAGAGGAGCAAGAAGAUGACUACGAGGACGAGGAUGAUUACGAGGACGAGGAGGAUGAGGACGACUACGAGGACGAAGACGAAGACGAAGAGGACUACGACGAUGAUGAGGAUGAGGAGGAUGAGGACGAGGGCGACGAGACUGGCUCGCUCGAGGAGAGUGGCGUGCGGGUCGAAAAGCCGGACGACUCGCAGCGCAGCGAUGACGAAGCUGAAGUCGAAGACGACGGCAGCGAAGACGAGGAAGAGGACGAGGAGGAAGGGCUUUCGGCAGUGGAAGAGGAGCCGGAAGAAGAAGAGCAAGCUGCAGCUCAAGAUGCCGCCAAGUAG